ACCGGAAUUGUCGGAGGCGAAAUAACACUGCCAACCUCAAUAACGGCUAUUAAAAAUACCACCACAAGUUAUUGUAAAAACCUAUUUGCCGGCCGUGAAACCGGCGACACCAUCGGGCGGAACAAAUAUUUCGCUACGUAUUAAUCACACUUUUGAGUGGAGGGCAGUGGGCAGAGUGCUGUACGAUAGGUACACCUACUGCCACAAUAACGGCGUGGUGUCGUGUGGUCAUUUACAACACCAUCGGUGUCGGACCAACCGCCGGCGUGCAACGCACGUUAUGCGGCGUGUUCUAGCGUUAAUAAGAACAUCGGUAGUUGUGUAGCGGAAUUCUGUAUAGUUUCAGUAGGUGCCCACAAUUACGGCGGUGACGAGUGAUGUGUGUGUGAUUUCGGAGCGUCUGACGAGUACUACGGCCGCGGCGGCGUGUCGCACACGCGGGGGCGGGGUCACUCUCGAACUGCCCCGCGACCCGCGAACAAUCGCCGGUCAUCGAAAGCCGCUACGUACGGGAGAGAGAAAGAGAGACCUCGGCACACGACGAUUGUAUCACGUUCGCACCUGUUUGAUAAGUAUUUUUUUUUUUUUUUUUUCUCGUCAGAAAUUAAAACCCAUAAAAACGCCAUUGGCAGUUGUUGUCGCCGCAACAACAAUACCAACGAUUAAUGUCGCGGUAUUGUUGCCGUCGGACACGUUGUUGCAGUGUAUUAUCUACGUGCAUAACAUAAUAUUAUAUAUAUAUAUAUAUAGUAAUAAAACUAAUACGCGUGCGGGCUAUCUGCGGCCGAAUGUUUUAUGACACGAAUGCAGAAAAACGACGAUAGAUAAGGGCGCCGCCGCCGCCGUUGUUCGUCGUCGCCGUCGUCGUUAAGUAGUUACGCGCCUUGAAAGGACGAAAGGACGCUUGGGGAAUCGUCGUCGUCGUAAGGUGAAUAUUAAUAAAAAUUACACGAUUUCCGUUGUCCUUUCCGUGCUCGUCCCGUCUUCCGCUGUUUUCGUUCACCGACACGGUAGAACCGACGCACACUGUACACACAACGGACUCGUGUUAUCACCAUCCGGAGAGCGACGCUCGUCGCGUAGGUACAUGGCCUACAUUAAUAAAUAUUUCGCGACCGUUUGGAAAUUUCGUUUCGUGUUCGGUUCAACCGUCGUGUGACGACGAGCUUGCAGUGUGUGCUUUGAAUCGAUGAUUUCCGCCACUCAGCAUUAGUUAUGCCCUGCCUGUGCAACUAUACAAGUUUGCAGAUGUUUGAAUCUGGCUUAGCCCAUCUUAACGAUAACACAGUAUUCUUCCAUUUUUUUGUAUUAAUUUUCAUUAUUCCAUAGGUCAUUGGAUUAAAAAAAAAUAAUAAUAAUACAAUUAAGUUGCUAAUCCACGCCCAAUGUAUGACUAAAAUAGUAAAAUACCUCACACUACACAAUACCACACAUAUUUAUCGUAAACAUACCUUUCAUAUUCAAUCAUCAAUACAAUUUGAAUAGUUUUUUUUUUUUUUUUUUUUUUUUACUAAUUUUAUAAGGUACUGGUUCGACAUACAAAUUGGAUAAACAAUUCAAAAUGAAUAACUCCUCUGAUACUGGGUACGUGUAAUCCUAAUUUUUUUUUUUUUUAUUUUUAUUAUUUACAUUCAUAAUAUUACCUAUAUUCGCAGAUUUAAUCCAGCCUUUAAUAUCGCUUCAAUAAGACAAGUAAUUAAUGAAGCCGUUGAAAAAGGUUAAUAUUUAUAUCAAUAUUUUUUUUAUUUUUGCAUAUACCUAUUAAUUUUUUGAUUGUAAUUAAAUAAUUUGACAAAUUUGAUUGAUUAAUUUUGUUCUGUUUAGUUCGUAUGCCAACCCCUAUGCGAUUAAGAGAUUUAAUUAGGCAAAUAAGAGCAGCACGUACAGCAGCAGAAGAAAGAGCUGUUAUCAAUAAAGAAUGUGCAGAUAUUAGAACAUCAUUUCGAGACGAAGACAGUGUAUGGAGAUGUCGAAAUAUUGCAAAAUUAUUGUAUAUUCAUAUGCUUGGGUAAGUUGUGUUUAAUAUAUAUGCUUAUUGUUUGAUAUAUAAUUUAAAAUUGUUCUCCACAAAUAAUAUUAGUUUAAUGAAAUAUAUUUUAAUACAUAUUAAAAUUUAAAAAAAAAAAAGGUAAAUUGUAUUGAAAUUAAAUUAAUAAGGUAUUUUUUGGUAAAAAACUAUAAAAUUUGAUUUUUAAAAAAAAUUAUUGCACUUGUCUAAUUAAAUUGACAGGUUAAAACUCGUGGUUAACAGAAUGUCUAAAUUUAAAUAUUUGUAUUAAGGCUAUCAAUAUUAUAUUAUAGAUAUCCAGCGCAUUUUGGACAGCUGGAAUGUCUAAAACUAAUAGCAUCACCAAGAUUUACUGAUAAGCGAAUAGGUUACUUGGGUGCAAUGUUGUUAUUGGAUGAACGGCAAGAUGUACAUCUUUUAAUCACAAACUCAUUAAAAAAGUAUUUUGAAUAUUAAAUCAUGGUACAUGUUAAACGAUUAUUAAUAUUUAUAUAUAAAUGUAUUUUUUUUUUUUUAGUGACCUGAAUAGUUGCACACAAUUUGUUGUUGGCUUAGCAUUAUGCACUCUUGGUGCUAUCGCUUCACCAGAAAUGGCUAGAGAUCUUGCAACUGAAGUAGAACGCUUAAUGAAAUCACCCAAUACAUACAUUAGGAAAAAAGCCGCAUUAUGUGCAUAUAGAAUUGUGCUCAAAGUCCCAGAACUAAUGGAAAUAUUUUUGCCAGCCACCAGGUCAAUGCUUUCAGAAAAAAAUCAUGGUGUACUAAUAACGGGCGUUACAUUAAUUACUGAAAUGUGUGAACGAAGCAUUGACACCUUGCAACAUUUUAAAAAGGUAUUUAUGAUUAUAUAAAUUAUACUUAUAUUAUUGGUUGAUAAUAAUAAUAAUAAUAUUUAUGUACAUUUUAUAGGUUGUGCCAAAUUUAGUAAGAAUUUUAAAAAACUUAAUAUUAGCCGGUUAUUCACCUGAACAUGAUGUUUCUGGAGUGAGUGACCCUUUCCUACAAGUAAGUAUCUAAAAUAAAUAUAUAUUUCUCUCAAUGCGUUUUCAAAACACUAUUGUUUAUAGGUAAAAAUAUUGAGAUUGCUUAAAAUACUUGGUAAAAAAGAUCCAGAAGCUUCAGAAACUAUGAAUGAUGUUCUUGCACAAGUAGCAACUACAACUGAAACAAAUAAAAAUGUUGGCAAUACAAUUUUAUAUGAGACUGUGUUAUCAAUUAUGGACAUUAAGUCUGAAUCCGGUCUCAGGGUGUUGGCCAUCAAUAUUUUGGGCAGAUUUUUAUUAAAUACAGACAAAAAUAUCAGAUAUGUUGCUUUGAACACACUAUUAAAAACUAUACACUUAGAUAUGACUGCUGUUCAAAGACAUAGAACUACUAUUAUUGAGUGUCUUAGAGUAUGUAGUACACUCAGUUAAUUUUACCAUGCGGUCUCUAAUUUGGUAUUCUUAAUUUGUUUUUAGCAAGACCCAGAUGUUUCAAUAAGGAGGAGAGCAUUAGAACUAAGCAUAGCUUUAAUUAAUUCUCACAAUGUCUUGACUAUGACUAAAGAGUUACUUACAUUUUUGGAAACAUCUGAACCUGAGUUUAAAGCACAAUGCUCAUCCAGCAUAGUGUUAGCAGCUGAAAAAUUUGCACCAAAUACUCGAUGGCAUUUAGAUACAUUGAUUAAAGUCCUUGUAGCAGUAAGUGUAUAAAAAUAACUAAAUUUGAGAAGUAUUUUUGUUUCUUAUGAACCAUUGUUAUCUUAUUUAAUUUAUAUAUCAGGCUGGCAAUUAUGUAAGAGACGAUGUUGUGUCUAGCACUAUACAAUUAGUAUCUGAAUCUGGUGCUCAACAUGGUGGUUAUAUGGCUUCAAAACUAUGGGUGGAAUUGGAAAAAGAUACCAGUGAUAAACAACCAUUGAUUCAAGUAUCAACAUGGACAAUUGGAGAAUUUGGUGAUAUGUUAUUGCAACAGUCUGAUGAUCAUGCUAUUACUGUAAGAAUUUUAAAUUUAAUUUUGUGCUUAAUAUUUUUUUAAUUUUAAAAUUUAAAGUUCUAAACUUUAUUUAUAUAUACAAUCAAUACAUACAGUGUGCACAAAUUUAAUAAAAAACCUAGAAAGUAAUUAUUAAUUAUUUUGUAGGUAACUGAAGAUGAUAUACUACGAGUAUACCAUAAAUUAAUGUGGAGUCCUCAAAAUAAUUUAGUCACAAAACAGUAUACAUUAAAUUCACUCAUGAAAUUAAGCAUACGUAUUAAACUUAAUGUAGAGUAAGUAUAAUUAAAUUGUACAAUUAAAAAAAUUAAUUAAUUUUACCUUUUUUUUUUUAUUUUUUAUUGUACAGUAAAAUCCAUGAAAUGGUUGCGUCAUUCACAACACAUAUGCAUACUGAUUUACAGCAACGUGGGAUUGAGUACAAUCAGUUAUUCAAUAGAUAUGACCAAAUGCGUGAUGGUCUAUUAGAAAGAAUGCCUGCCAUGGAAUCAAAUAGAACUCAGCGAUCACAGUGGAAUGAAACUAUUGAAAACAUUUCGUCAUCAAAUGAUUUACUUGUUCCAGAUGUUAACCCUGAAACUAAUGAUUCUGUAAAUAUAUAAUUUUAAUUUCUAAACAUAAUAAAUAAUGUCAUUGUAUACUUAUUAUUUUAGAACGCAUUAUUAGUACUAUUAGAAGGAACAAAUGGUGAAUCAGAAUUGAUUCAAAAUCAAAAUUUCACAGUAAUGCCAUCAACUCCUGAUACUCAAGAUUUGUUGGAUCUUUUAGGCAAGUAUUUUUUUUUUUGGUCCAACUUAAUUUUAUUUAGAAAUAAAAUAUUAUUUAUUGAAUUUAAAACAUUAAGGUGGUUUAGAUUUAAAUAACCAACCAAUGCAACCGUUGAAUAAUCUUACAACUGAGAUUAGUAUAACAAAUGGAUCUAGUGUUAACCUUAACACAAAUAAUUUACUUGACUCAUUGAGUUUAGGUAAGUUUAAAUUAAAUUAUGUUUAUAUAUUUUAUAAACAUCUGACUAAAUUAUAAUAUUUAUAUGCUUAGUAGAAACACCAAUAAUUAAUAGCAAUAAAGUUAAAAGCCCAGGAACUGUGACUGCAUAUGACCAAAACAAUUUACUAAUAACAUUGUUAGUUGAAAGAGAUCAGAUGAAUAUAGAUUCAAAUACUGUGAAUAUGACUGCAUAUAAUAAUGGAUCGUUUACUAUAAAUGAGUUCCUUUUUCAAGCAGCUGUUCCAAAGGUAACAUUUUAUACACAUAAAUGUAUAACUAAUUGUAAUUAUUUACAUUUUUGCUUUAUAUUAGACUUUCCAAUUACAAAUGUUACCACCAUCAUCAAAUACAAUUGAACCUGGUUCAUUUUUGACACAAAUAAUGAGAGUAUCAAAUGUAUCUAAAGUAAGUUAAAUCAAUUUUUAAACACAUUAUAAUGUGUUACUACAUUUUAUAAUAUUCAUAAAGCUAUAUAGAUUUUAGUUUAUUAUCUUCUACUAAUAUAAAAUUUAUAUUUUAUGAAUGGCUAAAAUAAUAAAAAUAAAAAUAUUUUUAAUAUUUUAUUUCAAUAUAUUAGCUAUAUUUCUUAUACAAAAUUAAAAAUUAUAUUAAAAGCAAAACAAAUAUUCCAGGUUUGUGAUACAAUUAAUUCUAUUAAAUAUUGAGAUAUUGUUAAUUUUAAAUUCUAUAUAUGUAUGCAGUUUUUCUCGUUUUAUUUUUUUAAAACCUCAAAUAGUAGUUCUGUUUUUAAGAAGGAAUUUAUAUAAUAAUUUAAGAAGUGAUUAUUAUGUUGAAAUCAAGAGUAAACUCAUAAUAAAUAUGAAUUUUACUUUGCUUUUAGAGCCAGUUAAGAAUGAGAAUUAGACUAUCAUAUACAACCAAUGGUGUAUCGAUGCAAGAUCAAACUGAAGUAAAUAAUUUUAUACUUCCACCAGAUCCAUUUGGAACAACAUUAGAUCUAUGGUCUGAAAAUCAAUGACAUAAAGUAUUAUUGGCCAUUGGCUAAAGAAAUUAUAAUAGCAAGAUUAAGUUGUGGUAUGUGUUUCAAUGUGUUUAUUGUCAAUUUUUGUCAAUUAUUUGAGAAAAAAUGUAAUAAUUGUACAUUAAUCCAAAACACAGGUCAUCAUUUUAAGUGUUUAUUUUUAAAUAACACGCGGUACAGUAACUAAUGUCUCGUUUACCAUUUGUAUUGUACUUAAAACAAAUUGUAUUAGCUCACAGUAUUACAAAACUUUGUUUUGUUUAUAAUAGCUACUGAAAUAAUAUUUUAUUGAUAGUGGUAAUAAUUGUUAAUGUUUGUGAUAAUUUUUAAACUGCACAUUCUAUUAUUUUUCUUUUGAUUUUAAAUCAAAAUUGGUUGUGAAAUCCAAAAUAAUAACAACUUAGUUGACUUUUAUGAAUAGUUUCGUAUUAACGUUAUUUAAAUAUUCAUUCAUUUUUAUUUAAAUAUAUAUAUAUAGUAUAUUUUUUUUUAUCCGUGUCCUAAUUUUAAAUGCACUCCUUAUAGAUGCAUUAAAUAUUAUACAUAAUAACUAUAUAAUUUGUAUA